GCUUUUUAAAAAUCACUCUUCUUGAAAAGGAGAGGGAAAACAAGAAGUUAAUUUUAUUAGAUUUUUGAAGUGCUGAUCAUAAUUGAAUUAUUUCCCUGAUGACCUGGCAGCAUCUCACCAAGAUUUGUCCUUGGAAUGUCACUGAACUUUUCAAGAACUUUGAGUUCUCUUUACUUUUGUCUGGGGUUGGGAAAAUGAGUAUUCAUUUCUGUAAUUGUUAAUCUGAAUGUUCUAAGGAAGAGAAAUACGGAAUAUCCCUUUAAUCACUGACCUUUAUUUCCGACCCUGCAUUUUUUCUUAAAAAAUAAAUAUACAGUUUCCAAAGGGAAGCAACAACACUGGCUAUCAACAUGUAGAAUCCAUCUGGCACUGUAUGGGUAAAAACAUGCCCAGAAUGCUUUCCACUUAUUCUUCACCAUGGUGCCGCAAACUGGGUCAGGAUUAUCCCUGUUUUACAAAUGAGGUGGCUGGAGCCAGAGAGGUAAAGCCAGCCCUCUUCAGGGCCACACAUCCAGGAAGGGUGAGAGCCCAGAUGAGGGAGGAUUGAGGGUGGGGCUGCGCCAUUACUGCCGAGCACCGCCUUCUGCUACAUCUUGCUGGGGCCGUGGUAUGUAGGACCAAUGUCAGCCCAAUGGGUCAUUUGUUCCCAGAGAUCCAGUUUGACCUCUGAUACCUAACAGGGUUCCUGGAGCAUGACAGACACUCAGUAAAUAUUUGUUAAAUCAGUAUAUUAUCAAAGCCAAAGAAUUCAUUAAGAUUUAUCAUCUCGUCCUGGAGACUGCCCUUGGCCUUGCUGAAUCUAUUUUGAAACCUCUUUGCAGGACCAGUCCUGCUGCUGUUUUAGAAGACAUGUGGUGUAUAUAAAGUUUGUGAUAGUUGGCGGAAAUUUUGGAAUUUAGAUAAUGGGCUGUGUGCAAUGUAAGGAUAAAGAAGCAACAAAACUGACGGAGGAGAGGGAUGGCAGCCUGAACCAGAGCUCCGGGUACCGCUAUGGCACAGACCCCACCCCUCAGCACUACCCCAGCUUCGGCGUGACCUCCAUCCCAAACUACAACAACUUCCACGCAGCCGGGGGCCAAGGACUCACAGUCUUUGGGGGUGUGAACUCUUCGUCUCAUACUGGGACCUUGCGUACGAGAGGAGGAACAGGAGUGACACUGUUUGUGGCCCUUUAUGACUAUGAAGCACGGACGGAAGAUGACCUGAGUUUUCACAAAGGAGAAAAAUUUCAAAUAUUGAACAGCUCGGAAGGAGAUUGGUGGGAAGCCCGCUCCUUGACAACAGGAGAGACAGGUUACAUCCCCAGCAAUUACGUGGCUCCCGUCGACUCUAUCCAGGCAGAAGAGUGGUAUUUUGGAAAACUUGGCCGAAAAGAUGCUGAACGACAGCUUUUGUCCUUUGGAAACCCAAGAGGUACCUUUCUUAUCCGUGAGAGUGAAACCACCAAAGGUGCCUAUUCACUUUCUAUCCGUGAUUGGGAUGAUAUGAAAGGAGACCAUGUCAAACAUUAUAAAAUUCGCAAACUUGACAAUGGUGGAUACUACAUUACCACCCGGGCCCAGUUUGAAACACUUCAGCAGCUUGUGCAACAUUACUCAGAGAGAGCCGCAGGUCUCUGCUGCCGCCUAGUAGUCCCCUGUCACAAAGGGAUGCCAAGGCUUACCGAUCUGUCUGUCAAAACCAAAGAUGUCUGGGAAAUCCCUCGAGAAUCCCUGCAGUUGAUCAAGAGACUGGGAAAUGGGCAGUUUGGGGAAGUAUGGAUGGGUACCUGGAAUGGAAACACAAAAGUAGCCAUAAAGACUCUUAAACCAGGCACAAUGUCCCCUGAAUCCUUCCUCGAGGAAGCGCAGAUCAUGAAGAAGUUGAAGCAUGACAAGUUGGUCCAGCUCUACGCAGUGGUGUCCGAGGAGCCCAUCUACAUUGUCACCGAGUAUAUGAAUAAAGGAAGUUUACUUGACUUCUUAAAAGAUGGAGAAGGAAGAGCUCUGAAAUUACCAAAUCUUGUGGACAUGGCAGCACAGGUUGCUGCAGGAAUGGCUUACAUCGAACGCAUGAAUUAUAUCCACAGAGAUCUGCGAUCAGCAAACAUUCUAGUGGGGAAUGGACUAAUAUGCAAGAUUGCUGACUUUGGACUGGCCCGGUUGAUCGAAGACAAUGAAUACACAGCCAGACAAGGUGCAAAAUUCCCCAUUAAGUGGACGGCCCCUGAAGCAGCCCUGUAUGGCAGGUUCACAAUCAAGUCUGAUGUGUGGUCUUUUGGAAUUUUACUCACAGAGCUGGUCACCAAAGGAAGAGUGCCAUACCCAGGCAUGAACAACCGGGAGGUGCUGGAGCAGGUGGAGCGCGGCUACAGGAUGCCCUGUCCGCAGGACUGCCCCAUCUCUCUGCAUGAGCUCAUGAUCCACUGCUGGAAAAAGGACCCCGAAGAACGCCCCACUUUUGAGUACUUGCAGGGCUUCCUGGAAGACUACUUUACCGCGACAGAGCCGCAGUACCAACCUGGUGAAAACCUGUAAGGCCCGGGCCUGCAGAGAGAGGCCUUGUCCCAGAGGCUGCCCCACCCCUCCCCAUUAGCUUUCAAUUCCGUAGCCAGCUGCCCCUGAGCAGCAAGAACCGUCCAGGAUCAGAUUGCAUGUGACUCUGAAGCUGAUGAACUUCCUCAUUAAUGACACUUGUCCCCAAAUCCGAACCUCCUCUGUGAAGCAUUCGAGGCAGAACCUUGUUAUUUCUCAGACUUUGGAAAAUGCAUUGUUAUCGAUGUUAUGUAAAAGGCCAGACCUCUGUUCAGUGUAAAUAGUUACUCCAGUGCCAACGAUCCUAGUGCUUUCCUUUUUUUAAAAUGCAAAUCCUAUGUGAUUUUAACUCUGUCUUCACCUGAUUCAACUAAAAAAAAAAGUAUUAUUUUCCAAAAGUGGCCUCUUUGUCUAAAACAAUAAAAUUUUUUUUCAUGUUUUAACAAAAACCAAUCAGGACAGGUGUUUGUUUUUUUUUUCUUUUUUAUAACUAUGAAUAUAUAUAAUAUAUAUGUCCCUGUACAUAUACAAUGUGGGUGCUAACGUGGAGACUGUGGCCAGCCUAGACCACAAAGCUGCAGGACCCAGAGUGAGGAUUUUACUGCAAAAUCAACAUCAAAGCACUGGUGUUACUCUGAAAACCAGUGACCUCUUUUUUGGCUUUUGCAAAGCAUGAUUUUUUUUUCAUUAGGUUGCACUUUUUUGGUUCAUGACUGUACCUGUAGAUGGUUGUUAACCUUGACUCUUUUCAGGAACUUCCCCCAAGCUGAAUUCAAGAGUUCUGUUACCAGUAUUUGCUUCGACUUACUGCGGUUUGUUCUUGAAACUUAAAAGCAAGCAUAUUUAAGCAAGCAAAUGGCCAAUACUACCAAGGGAACUGGAAGAUGGAUACCACACAAACUUCUUGUAUAAAAUUAUGAAUGCUGAAAUGUUUCAGACGUUUUUUAUUUAAUAAACCUUGUAACCACAUUUAAAUGGUCUAAAACCCAUAGCAUUGUAGUCAUGGCAACCUGCUAAACUUUCUCAUACAACUAAAAUUUAUGGGGAAGGUGAGGGUGGAGGGUUGUACAUUUCCCAUUGUAAAAUAAGUGUUUUGAAUGUCCUGUACUGCUAAUGAAUGACUUUCUAUAUGUCCAAGAGUUCUCCAGUGGAAUAACUAUGCACUACUUUACAUUUCAUGGGGAUGCACAAAAAAAAGUAUUACAUUUUUAGUUGCUGUUUGUACCAACCUUGAAUUACAUAUGUUUAACAACAACAAAUCAGAAAUCCUAUUUCUAUUGAGUUUUUAAUGCCGAGUAGCACCUCUGAAGUCUUAAUUCCUUUUUUGUUAUGAUUUAUUUGUGAGUUUACAUUUUUAAAUUGUUUAACUUUCUUAAUUUAGUAAUUAAAAAGAGAGCAUUUUACAUUU